ACUAAAGGUGCAGUGCAUCUUGCUGAGAGGCCAGGCUGGUUCUUCCGUUCCCCAACCCCUUUUGUGGCUGUUUCUUGAUACAGGGAGAAGUUUUCUGGAGGAGUUUGGCUGUUACAAAAAGUUUUGCGCCUCCAGCUCUGUGACUGUGAGAUCAGUGAAGACCUAAACAGUUACCUGGCUGAGGAGGUCAUCGUCUUUAGCACUGCAAUGUCUGGCAGAGCCAGGACUCGAGCCCGGGGCCGAGCGCGCCAUUGGAACAUUGCCCAAGCUGAGGCGCCUGGAGCAGCGGCAGCGAGCCCUGCUCAGCAGGCUGCUUCGCCGCAGCCUAGACGCCAGCCACCCCGAGAGGAAGGCCGAGUAGCUGCACCUGAGCAGCCUAGAGGAGCAGAGGGAGGAGUCCAGCCUCCAGGAGGGCUUUCACUUGCAGCUAAUUUGCAGGCAUUAUCUGUGAGGCCGGGGACUCCAGCUGGAAUUUUUCAGGACCUUGUGGUGAAUACGAGGGAGAAACUGAGACAUGUUAGGCACUCAAAAACAGGUUCUGAAGGCAGCAUGAUAGAACUGCUUGCAAACCAUUUUCAAGUUAGUGAUACCUCAAGGAUGGCAUAUAAGUACAACAUUGUCUAUAAACCAUUCAUAAAAGACAGAGAUCUCCGUGAAAAGUUACUUUUUCAACAUGCAUCAAUAUUUGGAGAAUAUCACAUAUUUGAUGGGAACUCUUUAUUGUUACCUAGAAAGCUUCAGCAUUCUAAUAUGGAACUCAUCAGCCGAACCAAAGAAGGUGGCAUUGUGAAGAUUACAGUCUGUUUUUCCAGAGAGCUUGGGACUACGCACCCAGAUUGCAUACGCUAUUACAAUAUUUUCCUUAGAAGAAUUCUGAAGCUGAUGAAUUUGAAACAAAUUGGUCGCAACUAUUAUAACGACGCUAACACACGGACAUUCUUCAGCAGCAGCUUGGAAACCAUACCUGGUUAUGUGACUUCUAUCCUUCCAUAUGAGCAGAGUCUUACCCUGUGUUCUGAUACUUGCUUUAAACUGCUCCAAUCAAGAACUGUUUUUGAUGUGAUACGAAAGAAAUUUGCAAGAAUCCCUCGAGAUAGAUAUCAGCAAGAGAAAAUAUCUCAAGAAUUAAUUGGGUUAGUUGUUUUUACAAGAUACAACAACAAAACCCACAAGGUGGCUGCUGUUAACUGGGAUCUGAGUCCUAGAGAUACAUUUAAAAGAUCAGAUAGCAGUGAAAUCACCUUUGUAGACUACUACAUGCAGCAAUAUAAUCAGAUUAUCACUGACUUAAAUCAGCCACUCUUGGUCAGCCAAGGGAAGUGGAGAAGGGGCCAGAGGAAUAUAUCACCUGAGCCUAUACUGCUGGUUCCUGAGCUCUGCUACCUGACAGGGCUACCAGAUGACGUGGAGCAAAAACCUAACGAGAUGGGUAAUUUGACUAAAUUAAUGAAGCAGCCUCCUGAGGUUAGGAAGACAGAAUCAGAAAACUUUGUUAGAAACGUAAACAAAAAUUUGACAGAACAAAGUGACCUUCAAUGCUGGAGUCUGAGUUUUGAUACCAACUGUUUGUCCGUCUUGGGAAGAGUUUUGGGAGGUGUAAAAGUAGUCCAGCGUAAGAAAUCGUUUGAUGUUAACCAAGAGCUAGCAGAGUGGAUGAGAGAAUCAAGAAGUACAUGGUUACUUUCAGCAAAGUCACUAAAUAAGUGGGUGCUACUUUACCCCAAGGAAUACGAGCUCCAAGCCAAAGCCUUACAGCACAAUUUAAAAAGAGUCAAUGAUCCCAUGGGCGUAACUGGGGACGAAGGAUAUUUGCAAGCAGUAGAUGACCCUAACUCUUAUAUAUCUACAUUACAAAGAUGUGUUACCUCACAAACGACCAUGGUAGUUUGUGUACUGCCUGACAAUGAGAAAUACAGGUAUGAUGCAAUAAAAAAAUAUCUGUGUAUCAAAUGCCCGACUCCAAGCCAGUGUGUACUAGCAGAGACCUUAGAGUUUAAGAAAACUUAUAUGACCAUUAUUACAAAGAUUGCCCAGCAGAUGAACUGCAAGAUGGGAGGAGCCCUCUGGAAGGUGCAAACAAAUUUACGGAAAACAAUGUUCGUUGGUAUCGAUUGUUUCCAUGAUAUUAUAAACCGGCAGAACUCCAUUGCGGGAUUUGUGGCAAGCAUCAAUGAGGAAUUAACCCAGUGGCACUCCCAGUGUAUCUUCCAGGAACCUGGACAGGAGAUUGUGAAUGGGUUGAAUCGCUGUUUGGAAGCUGCCUUAAAUUCCUGGUUUAAAAAUUUACACUACCAGCCAAAUUCCGUCGUGGUUUAUCGAGAUGGAGUAGGAGAUGGUCAGCUUCAGUACUUACUUGACUGUGAAAUACCACAGCUUGUGAGCCAAUUAAACAAGCUUAAAAUCAAGCUAACUUUCAUUGUGGUGAAGAAACGAAUAAACACCAGGUUUUUUACAAAGUCUGAAGAAAUGUUUAAAAAUCCACCUUCAGGAACUGUUGUUGAUGUGGCGUUAACCAGGCACGAAUGGUAUGACUUUUACAUUGUGAGUCAGACCUCAAAAUAUGGUACUGUUACUCCCACUCAUUAUAAUGUUAUCUAUGACACAGUUUGCUUGGACCCAGAUACAGUACAGAACAUAACUUACAGACUAUGCCACAUGUACUUUAACUUCCCAGGCGCCAUCAGAGUUCCUGCUCCUUGCCAUUAUGCCCAUAAACUGGCUUACUUCGUGGGGCAAAAUAUUCAACAAGCGCCACAUAACGCACUAUCAAACAGUCUCUAUUACCUUUGAGCUACAGAAAGACCUGCUAUGAUGUAGAAAACCACAAGUGGUACAAUGAUUGUUUUUUUUCCUUUUGAAGCGGAGCAUCUGAAAUGUUUUCCUAGAUUUGCAGCUAGACUAUAAUAAUUUUCCAUUGGAAAUAGGGGAAAGUUAAAUAGUGUCAAAGAGAGGGCAAGGCAGAGAAGAAAACCAUGCGAGUAUCUAGCAGGAAAUCUCAAAAUGGUACUUAGGACUGCUUUCUAUGCCACAAAUUCCACACAAGGAGACUGAGUGUGACUGAGAAGUUGUUUGUUCAGAUGUUUGGGUCAAUGUUGAGAAAACCUCGAAUGAGCUCCCUCCAGCUGGAUUUAGUGAUGUGGUCUAUUUUCACAUUGACUUCAUUAAGAGCGACUUUCCAAAGAGUGGAGAUAAGGAGACAACUGACAGUAAAGAUUUCUGUCUUCCAAUUUACUUUUCAAACGUUAAAAAGAUUUUAUAACUAAAUGUGCCAGGACAUUUUGCAUUAUAAACAGUGCCACUCGGAACACUGAAAAGAUUAGUCAACCCAGGGUUACCCUGGUGAUUUAAAAAUUGGCAGUUUAGGGACAUGGAAACAUUUUCCAUAAGACAGAAAAUUGAGGACUCUUAGCCUCCUGGCUUCUGCUUCAAGUGUGAUGUUGUAAAGUGCAACAUAAUCAGAAGAAUCUUGGGCAGUUUUUUUUUUUUUUUUUUUGAGUCAAGGUCUUGCCAUAUAACUGAGGCUGUCUUUGAACUCGGUGUGUUUCAGGCUGGCCUCAAACCCAGUGAUUCUCCUGCCUCGGCCUCCAAAUUCUGGGAUUACAGGCAUGUGCUCUUGGGCAGGUUUUUUUGUUUUUGUUUUUAGAUGAAACCAUCCGCUUUUCUGGAAAGCAGAUACAUUUUUCUGUCCAUUUCAAACUGUCUUUAAAUAGACUCCAAACAGUGUCUGAGAACUUGGUUUUCAUAAGUUGAAUGGUAUUUUUGGGAGGGGAUGGGACUAGCUUCGAAGAUACUAGAAAGCAUGUAUUUGUGAAUUUAUUUGUUUUGCUUAUAUGUUAAUGAGUUUAUAAUUGCAACUUGAACCUGUCCUGUAUGAAAUAAAAUUAAAUCAUUUAAGAAAAUACAAUAUAUAAAUCAUACCAAUAAAAUAUAUAAAAAUAUAUAAUCCAGGUCAAAUUGCACUGAACAGUGCCACCAACAGUGAUAAAUGAUGUAAUAGAAGUGGGCCAUGAUUAAAGAUGUGCCAUGGAAGUGUUUUUUUUUUUUCUUGAGGUUAGAAUUUGAUUUAUGAUACUACUUUCUAGAAAUCUGAGGAAAUAAUUUGGAAAGAAAAAAUGGAAAGUUAACUAGUGAAUGUUUUCUUAAGUGCAAUAUGUACAAAUAUCACUUCUUCCUAGUACUGUUAAAUGAUGAAAUUCAAUAAAAUACUCAUGUUAA